UUUGGCUAUCGGCUAAAUGCACCGAGUAGACUUGAGGAAGUCCGUAACCGUCGCCGUCAAGCUCAAUGGGAUUUUCGAACCUGGAUUGCUGAAGCAGAAUAGCUCUGGCUGGGUCUUGGAAUUAUUUAUCACCGCGUUCUCUGUAUGGAUCCGAAAACGAGGAGCUGUCGGGGGUCGAAAGCAGACGCCCGUCAGCGUGUCCAGCUGCAGCAGCGCAUCCGAAGCCCACGCCUCCUCGGCAUUUGGGAUUUGCGAUCCUAGCUGCCUGCAACGCAGACAGUCCAGUGCUCUGCUCUUUCCGAAAUAUAGGGCGUACCUUCGACACGCGCCAUCGCUGGCCAUUGUCGAUGGUCGUGUUCCAUCUCUUUCGGCUUUUCAUGCUGGUGUCCUAAGACAUCAAGGAUUUCACUCGUUUGUCCUGCAUUUCACCCUAUUCAUGCCUCCGUUAACUCCAUAUCUAUAUUGUCAUUCGCUAACCGCCAUGUAACUGUGAUAUCCUAUUGCCUGUUAUUUCUCCCUCCCCGAAACAAGGGAUCUUGAUUGUUGGUCACUAGCUCCAUGGAUUCUGUGCAAUAUAACCCUCUUAACCCCAGCCUGCACCUUUCUCGAGGUACCAUUCCGUUGAACGCACGGGCCAGAUAUUCUGAGGCCCAUAUCGACCGACCCCCAUGUCCUUUCGGAGACCCGUCUCCUCGACAUGCGCCCGAUAGCGAUCCCCUGGCAUCGCCCACGGUCUCCGGAAUGAAUACGGUUACCUUUAGAUCAGAGCCGUCCGAGACAAUCAUAAAUAUCCGCCAUUAUGCAGCUCAAGAUCUAGCCACAUGCCGCAAAAUCAUCGUUAUGCUCGAAUUGACCCGAAUGCGCAAAGCUCGAAAAGGCAUAGGACAUUGGAUUCUUUUCUGGAGACAGAUCUACGACCCGGGCCUUGCCCAAGCAAUGACCAGAGCCGUUACUCUCGUGUUUCUAGAAGUAGAGCAACUUUUCCGUACAAUGGCACAACAAAUGUGUUUCAUAACCCGCAAUGUUGGCAAGCGAAUGGCACAUUUGCGAACUAUCCACGAAGCGAGAACCAUAUGGCGCCAGCUGGAACAGCAAAUCAUCUGGUUUAGAAAGAUAAGACGAUCUUGCGCGCAGAUUCUCUUUGAUAAAUUGAGACGUGGCCUGGAGAACAUCCCCGUCGAUGUUCCCGAUCACCUUUUCGAUGACGUGAAACGAGGUAUUUUUGCACUUGAUCCUUUCGGCGACUAUCAUCCAGGAGACUCCAUGGCCGAAGAAUGGGAUAAACACGCUGUCGGGAAAGAGUAUGCAGAAGUCUAUCUCAGGCAGCAGCCAGAUCUGCCUUCCAGGCCGGGGUUCAACGGUGAAUUCCAAGGAGCUCUCCAUGCGGCAUCCACGGGGCUUGAUUGGUUCAGCAACGAUGUUGGAAUGACGUGAAUAUUCGCCGGAGCAAUUGGGAUGAUUCAAUGGGUGAAUGCACAAAUGCCGACGGAUUACUCGAUGCCUCUUCAUUUUCGGUAAUUAUGGAUCAUAUUUGGAGAAACGUUGAUAUUUCAAGACAGGGAAA